GAAGGGUGGAGGUUAGUGGAGCUUAUAGUCAUCGAUUAUGCGCCCUAGAUCUAACCAAGCCCCUGCCUCGCCUACUGCGGCGGCGCAUGCGCAGGUUGGGGAGGGCGGGCGGAAGACAGUGUCCCGGUCACCCGGUUAGGGGAGCUGGUGACGUUUGUUUGUUGUUAGUGGCUUCGUGGGUGCGGAACUGUCCCUUUCCUCGCGCGCAGGCGCAGUUCUCUCCCGUUCCUCACUGGCCCGAGCGGAGGCGGCCUCGGUUCCCGAGCGGAGCGCUGGCUGCUCCCCCUCCUCGGCGGCCCCAUGGCGGUGAACUACAACGCGAAGGAGGAGGCGGACGGGCACCCGUCGGGAGUGGGGGUCCCCGGCGGGGCGGGGAAGAGCCGCAAGCCGGAUAACACGGCAUUCAAACAGCAACGCCUGCCGGCCUGGCAGCCCAUCCUGACCGCAGGCACCGUGCUGCCCGCCUUCUUCAUCAUCGGCCUCAUCUUCAUCCCCAUCGGCAUCGGCAUCUUCGUCACCUCCAACAACAUCCGCGAGUACGAGAUUGAUUACACGGGAACCGACUCUUCUAGUCCCUGCAACAAAUGUUUAAAUGUGUCCUGGAAUAGCACACCACCUUGUACUUGCACCAUUAACUUUACACUGGAUCAACCCUUUGAGACCAAUGUGUUUAUGUAUUAUGGACUGUCCAACUUCUAUCAAAACCAUCGUCGUUAUGUGAAGUCUCGGGAUGACAGCCAACUAAAUGGCGAUAAUAGUUCUUUACUUCAUCCCAGUAAGGAGUGUGAGCCUUACAGCACGAGUGAGGGUAAACCCAUUGCUCCUUGUGGAGCUAUUGCCAACAGUAUGUUUAAUGAUACAUUGGAAUUGUUUCGCAUUGAUAAUGAAACAAGGACCCCUAUUACUUUGAAUAAAAAAGGUAUUGCUUGGUGGACAGAUAAAAAUGUUAAGUUCAGGAAUCCUUCUGGAAAUACAAAUAAUUUGACAGCACUUUUCCAAGGCACGACAAAGCCUGUGAACUGGCCCAAACCAGUGUAUAUGCUGGAUUCCGAAACAGACAACAAUGGGUUCAUCAAUGAAGACUUUAUUGUAUGGAUGCGUACUGCAGCAUUGCCUACAUUUCGUAAACUAUAUCGCCUGAUUGAGAGAAAAAAUAACUUGCAGCCUACCUUACAAGCUGGAAAGUACUCUUUGGACAUCACAUACAAUUACCCUGUGCACAGUUUCGAUGGACGGAAACGGAUGAUCCUGAGCACCAUAUCAUGGAUGGGAGGCAAAAAUCCAUUUCUGGGAAUCGCUUACAUCACUGUGGGGUCCAUAUGCUUCUUUCUAGGAGUUGUGCUGCUAGUCAUUCAUCACAAAUAUGGAAAUCGAAACACUAGUGCGGACAUUCCCAAUUAAUCUUGCAUUCUGAAAACAAAUGUACUGCAUGUGCAUCAAGGCCAGUCCAGAGUGGGCCCAGUUUUUGAUAGCUUAAUCUGCUUAUAUUGCUUCUGAAGCUGGGUGCAAAACUCUUUCUCUAAAGCCUUUCUUCCCCUUGCUGUGGAUUGACUUUGAAAAUGACGGGUAUUUAAUUAGCUAUACUGAUUGUAUCUAUGCUGACUGCAUAAAUGGUUUUCUGAUGUUGAUCUCUUCCUAGGCAGGCUAUAUGAUCCAUAUAGCCCCUGUUCCCUUAAUGCAUCUGCCGCUUAUUUCUGUGCUAUGUAAUAUAUCCAUAUGAUACUGUAUGUAUAGGUUGGGUGGAGAAAGGAGACUGUUUUAGAAUAUUGUUAACCAUUCACGAUGUCAGUGCUAUUAAAAGGAGAAAUAAUAAGUCUUUAAUGUUUGUUCAUGUCACUGUAUUGUGUGCAUAGGCUUUAUGUUCCUUGCUGAGAUGUUUAAUAUAUUAAAGUUGUAAAAUAUUUCCUGUGUAAGUGUGUUACGCAUUAAAUCUUCAUAAAGUGCUGUUACAAAUUCACAUAACUCUGUAUUUUAGAUAGUUCCCAUGCCAGGCAAAUCCGAUAACAUGCCCUGAAAAUGUCAGGAGAUCUGUCAACUGACUGUAUGGGUGAAUUUCCAAGUCUAGUUUCAACUUGGAAACCGUUGUUGAGAUAAAAAAGCAGCUUUGUUCUAAAUAUUUCUUUUGCUUGAAGUUAUAUUUAGAACAGUUUACCCAUUGUACUUGUGAUCUUGCUCUUUGUGAAGAUAUUAAUCAAGAAAAAAUGAAGUUCUUUCCAAUCAUAAAUCUGGGUGGAAUAACUAUCUUGCCAGUGGAGAAACUUCCUUGCCCUGCUCUAGUUAGAAACAGGGCUUAGAUGUUCAGAGCAGGUAAGUGUUCAAAUCCCAAAGUGAAAGAAUUCAUAGUUAUUGAAAUGACUAUCCCUUUUCUUUUUACAUAGAUUGAGCUUGGCAUGAAAGUCAUUUAAAUGUCUGUUACAGGUAGUGUACAGUAUUCCCUCAAAUCUCCAUAUUAAAACCGGUUUCAUUUUUGUUGGUUCAUUCAAAGUUCACUGUAAAUUGUAAGCUACUGCAUUCUAGUGAUUUUAGAUGAUGCACAUUAUACAUUGUAAUUUAAAUUGCAGAGGUUACUUUACAUGUAACUGGCUUGAUAAAGUAUUUGAAUAUUCAAUAUUGAAUAAAUGCUGCAAAUUAUUUAUGAUGAAACUUUUGUCCUUAAACAAACUUAUUUUCACCUGGAUGAAUAUAUAUUGUAUUCUGCUGAAUGAGAUGUACAGUUUCAAUGCAAUUUAGCCAAGUUUUAGUAUUUCUGAAAUCAUAUACACUUGUGGCAAAAACUUUGUUCAUGUUUUAGUAGCUUAACUUGUAGUCAGUUUCUGAAAUAUACUGUAUUAGUAUAUCAGUUUUGAGGAGAUCUCUGACCAUUUUUUUUUUUUACUGAAUUGCUUGUUUCUUUGUGUAGUAUUUCAAGUUAGCAGUGAAAAUAGUCAGUUCCUUUGUAUAACAUGUGAAAUGAGGCAAAAGCUAAACCAAUGAUUUAGAUAGUUUGUUCACUGAUAACAUACCAACUAAAAUUUAUUUUAUGUAGUUGACUGCACCAUAGAAUGUGGCAGUGCAACACAUGAUGAUUUUAUGUCCAAAAGAAGAGUUUAAGAUUUUUUUUUUUUUUAAAUGUUGAAGUUUCAUAAAUGUCAUUGUCAUUACAGAAUUGGGGUAUACAACUUUGAUUAAUAUCUCCACACAGCAUAAUAGAAAAGCUGCACAAAAGAUGUUAAGUUAAAAAAAAUCACUUUAAACUAUAGAGUAGUUGCUAGAUCUUGUUCAUUGAACUAGUAAGGGAACUUCUCUCAAUUUCUGGUUAUUUAAAUAUUUUGAUUUUUAUAAAUGUUUUUUUUGGCUGGUAUUUGUCAGCUCAAUAAAGGUAAACUGAAUAUA